AUGGAUAAACUCAUUCAACGUGUACUCGAGGAAGUGUCCUUGGAAGGUCGUGAGGGGUGUACGUUCGAAAAUUUAUGCAUAGAAUUAGACAAGGUCGGGUGUCAGGGUUGGACACCGUUGAGUGGUGAUACGAAAGUGUAUCUAUUAAACUUGCUCGUGACCGAGAAUCCAGGCGGGCAUCUAGCUUUUUUCAAGAAAUCGGAUAAGCCUGGCACAUUACCUACAGCCAAGUACUUAGUAAAAGAGAAGGGCUUUGUGUACUAUCCGAUUUCGGAUGUAGACAAUGCCGAGGGAUCACUCUACGAUGUGAAUCGCACGCUCUUAACGUCACAGGAGUGGGCUCUGUCAAACCUUACCAUCUGUAGUAUUCCCAUUCCUAUCAACCUCACGUGA